UUUGAUCCAGAGUUAAGACUUCAGGAACAUUCAACAUUGGAAAAAUUAAUUUUUUUUAGCAAUUCAAAUAUUAAUGAACCUGCGGCUUUUCUAAAAAUAAAGUAGCUCUAACCAAUAAUAAUACACCUAAAUUAGCAAGACAGAUUGAAACAUUUUGAACAGAUUCUCACAUCACAAAUCUGUAUGUAUCAGUAUCUAUUCAAAUUUCGAGGUAAUUCAGUAUUGUGAAUUCAUUCCGAAAAUUAGUUCGGAUCCUAAAUAUAAAAGCUUUACAUAAAACCGGCAAAAUAGUAGCAGACAUAACAUAUUUAAUAUGAGGCAAAAGUUUAUUAGUCCCAAUAGUUCUGUUAAAACAGGCGAACUAAUAUUAAGGGAGGAUCCAUUUGUAUAUGUUUUGAGUUCAAAAGAAUGUGGAACUAGGUGUGAUAACUGUCUCAAGAAAUGCAAAGUGCUCAAAUGCUCAGAAUGUCAAUUUGUGUAUUAUUGCGACAAAUCAUGCCAAAGAGAUGCUUGGACGGAUCAUAAGUGGGAAUGUGCAAACUUAAAAAGAGUGGCGCCUAAGAUUAUACCUGAUGGUGCACGGAUGUUGGCAAAAAUUAUUAACAAGCUGAGUCGCGGAAAUGGAAAUUCUUUUAAAUCUUACUAUUCCAAUUCUUCCUACAGAAUGUGGAAAGAUCUAAUGUCUCAUUAUACAGAUUUGAAGAAGGACAGAAAAAGAAUGGACCAUUUUACGUCUUUAUGUGUAAUUUUGUAUGAAUUUAUGAAAGAUUUCUCAUUACCAAAUACUGUGGAUCUAAUGGGGCUGUUUGGGCGGAUGGUCAUUAACAGCUUCACAAUCCUCGACAUAGACAUGAACUCCAUCGGGACCGGCAUAUACAUAGCAUCCUCUAUCAUAGACCACAGCUGUGAACCCAACGCUGUAGCCACAUUUGACGGAAAAACUAUCAAUAUACGGGCAAUUAAGGACAUGCCUAGCUUAGACUGGAAAAAGAUAAGAAUAUCAUAUAUUGAUCUCAUGAAAACGCCUUACGAAAGACAGAUGGAGCUGUUAGAAAAUUAUUACUUCGUUUGCGAUUGUGACAAAUGCAUGGAUGAGAAACCACUGAAGUAUUUACACGCCGCAAAAUGCCUGAACAGCAUAUGUGAUAAUCCAGUUAAUAUAAAAUGGAAGGAGAAUUGUGUUCUAGUAAGAAAAGUUCAAAAGGAAUUUGCCGAGAAUGGUAUAGAAAAUGGAGAAAGCGCAAAUAGUAGGGUGCAUGUUGAAAAUGGGAAUAGUGUAGAGAAUAUCUGUUCCGAUUGCUCUACGGCAUAUACGGAUGAAAAUGUUGAGAAAUUUAUCACAGCUAUGGAGUUUUCCGAAGUACAUUUGCAGAAUAUGCGUGGUACAUCGGUAGCUUAUGUAGACGUAUGCAAGUUUUGCCUCGAGAGACAGGAAGGGGUUCUCCACCCUCUCAAUGUAAUGUACGCGCAGACUUUGGACCAAGCGUUCGACGCGCUCAUACAAGUACAACUGUGGGAACAAGCGUGUAUUUAUGCUGAAAAACUUUUGCCCUGCUUUAGGUUUUAUUACGGCCCUCUCCACCCACUUUUGGGUCUUCUUCACUUGAAAUAUGGCAAGAUAUUACUCUACAAAAUGGAUUUACCCCGUGCAUUGGCGCAUUUCAAAUCUGCAGAAAAAAUACUGAAAAUCACACAUGGAAACAACCAUCCUCUGUAUAAUGAGCAAUUGAUGCCUUUGUUGCAACAAGCCAUUAUGGAAUCCACAUAACUUUGCCACUUUUAAUGAUUACCUCAAUACAACCAUUUUUUGUUAAGAUAAUAUCAAUUCAAUUAUUUUUGUCGAUCUGCUUUUUAUUAUGUUUGUUUGUGUAGGUUUUUAUUUAAAUUGAAGAACAUAUUGUAAUAUUUACGCGCACGUGGGUAACAAAUUAUUGAAAUUAAUAAUUUUAUAAAUUACAAAAUUAACUGAAAUCUAUUUAUAUUUAUAAAAAUAUGUGAGAAUAAUUAUAUUUUACUAUUUUGGAAGUUUUCAGCUGAAAUUAAAUGCUUUUUGUUGUUAUUUUUAUUUUCAAUAAACUAGAGGAUUUUUUGC